CUCCCUCUCUCUCCUCCCUCCCUUCCACUGUGCCUCUGAUCAAGAUAAACAACUCGUGUCAGCCACUAUACGACUCUACUAACCGCGUCUUUCCGAUAUUCCUCUGGUAUUUCAAACACUUUACUUUAGACUCACCUUCUCUCCUCACUUCGCCUUGCAAUAAACAACAACAACAACAACUUCACCAGCAACAACAACAACAGUCUGCUACAGAAACAUUCUUCAACAUCCUUUUCAUCAAUUAAGUAAAAGAGGAGCGAAAAAAGACAUGGUUUCUUCUGCAUUCUGUCUCUAAAUUAAUUGAGAAGUCGGACAAUUUCAUAGAAAUACCACCGAAAAAAUGUCAAAUUUUUUCAGGUAAGAAAAUGAAGCAAAAAGAUGAUUAGAAUGAACUUUCCCGUGAUCCUCUUGUCCAAUUUCUCUGAGUCUGAGACUGCUAGGCUGGCAUCUCUCGUUCAACAAUUGAAAGGAGAAUGUUUAGUGAUGGAGGUAUUCAACCGCAAAUGCACACAUCUAGUGUGUAAAAGACUGUCGUGCAGUGAGGAGUUUCUCAUUGGCUGUGCUCGUGGUGUGUGGAUACUUACUCCUGACUUCAUUUACGACAGUGCCAAAAAUGGAAUGUGGGUGCAAGAAUAUAACUAUGAGUGGGGGCCUCACCAGGCGGAACCAAGAGACUCCAACCAGAUGCACAUGUGCGAAGCUCCGUCUCGGUGGCGCAAGUUGAUUCAGCAGAACAAAGGACUUGCUUUCAACAACUGGAAGGUAGCUGUUCUUGUUAAAAGUAACCGGAGAAGAAUUAUUUAUCAAAGGAUCUUGUCAUAUGGUGGAGCCACAUUGUAUAUGAUAAAGCUGCCUAUCAAGAACUCAGGUGAUGUCGCUGAUAGAGUGAAUUAUGUCUUUGUCGAUUCUCGCCAUUGGGACCAUGUGAAACCACUACGCAAAACGAGCAUCAACUGCUUGCAUGUCACCUAUAUUAGGGACUAUCUCAUCGAUGAUUCUCUGCCAGAUACUUCCAACUAUAUACAGUGUAAAGGAUUGAAGCGAAAAAUCAGUGUUGGUCUGAAGCGUAAAGUACCUCUCAAUUUCACCAUUGAAUCGGCAUUGGCAAGUCAGAAGUACCUUCGGCUUUCUCAACAAUCCAACAGCUGGGAAACUUUGUACAAGUCUAUAGGAGGUGGUGGAGGAGGAGGAGGAGGAGGAGAUUGUGUUAAUGAGCAACAACAACAACAGCCAAAAAUUACAGACACAGUACCGCCUAUGGUUAUGCACCGUUCCUUAGUAGAAAUGAUCAACUGUUGCUUACAAGAGGAGUAUGCCAUUCAUGGAGGGCUGUCCAUGGCAUUAGAUUUUGUCUCAGCUGGUUCCUAUCUACCUCCUGAAAUUUGUUAUUAUCUUAUGAAAGACAUAUUGUUGAGAAACAGAAGCUCUCUACUCAACAAUUUGUGUUACGAAGUGUUAAUGAAGCAACUCAGUUUAUUCCCUCCUGGCGUCUCGUGGCGCCACAUGUAUCUGCAGGCUUUGCAGGAAGGAGAGAAACAGGAACAUUAUCAGAACGAGUGGGGGUUUGUCAAGGAAACUGUUUUGUCUUCCCUCCAGCUGCCCCUUUCAGAUGCCAGUAACUGUUCAUCACAUGGAAGUUUUUUACUCCUCAAAUAUCUCGAUACAGUCUUUCAACAGGACUUCAACGACAGCUUGAAAAGUUCAAAGCACAAUGGGAAAGCAGAAGGGAGUAAAACCUCAUUCUGUUUGAUCCGAAGUAUCAUAUGGGGUUCCAGUUAUGGAUUGUCUAUAAACAAAUCUUGUCUAGAGUUGAAGGAUUUAUUACGUAAAGUAAUUGUUACUGAUCUCCCUGAAGUUUACAGAAAAGAAGUUUUGUCACUUGUUCUAAGUCUAAUCUUAAUGGUAGCAGAAAGCCUGCGACAAGCCUACCAUUGUUGUGAUUCCAUCAAAGAUUACUUUGCCAUUGUACAGCAGGAAACUAAUUUAAAUAUAUUUAUUCAUGAAGUUAGCAAAGAAAUUUAUUAUGGUUGUCAGGAUGAUCUCAGCAAGUUUGACCAGGUAUUAAAUGCUAUCAGGCUACCUUGGCUAGCACUCUCCAUAUCUUAUAUCCUCACGAAAUCCUUCCAUGAUAUCAAUGACAUACCAAACACAGAUGGCAGUGAUAUCAUAAACCUCACCAACCUCGUAAAUAAAUACCUGAGUGUCUUAUGUCAGAUCAAAUGUAGGCCUUCAAAAAGAAAAACAUCACAUAAUGUACUAGCAGAAGAGUCAACAAAUUGCCAGUUGACGUCUGAGAAUGAAUCGAAUUCACAGUCGCCUUCUCGGCUCUCUCCUGUCAACAAGAUGUUUCUAACAAAGCGGCUGGCACGCAAUGUUAACAAGAGAAACUAUAAAGGUGAAACAAAACUGCACAUAGCCUGUAUGAAGAAUGAUGUUGAUCAGGUGCGUGACUUGCUGACACUACCAGGCAUUGAUGUGAAUGCUACAGACAACAAUGGAUGGACACCCCUCCAUGAGGCCUGUAACCACAACCACCCUGAUUGUGUCACCGAGCUUCUCAACUUCAACCGUGUGCGGACCAUCAACUCAUACUUUAGUGCUUGUUACAGUCAACCCCAAAGUACCAGGGUUGAUGUCUGUGCAACAGCUGAAGAUCUCAUCACCCCACUGCAUGAUGCAGUUUUGAAUGAAAGCAUUGCUUGCGCCCAGCUCUUGCUCAAGUACAAAGGACCAAAACUGCUCCAGUUAAAGACCAUUGAUGGUGCUACACCACUUGACUUGGCCACUACAGAAGAAAUGGUUGCUGUUCUGAAUACAUUUCUUCCUGACGCCAACAAUUCCAUUAACCAAUCAAAUCAUUCGGAUAUAAUUGAUGUGAAAACUCCCUGCCCAAAUAAUUCAGAGACUGUCGCGAAGCUCACAUACUCCCAGAUCGAGAAGUAUUCUUGUUUUGUAUUCCAUCUCAUCCGUUGUUACCUCAAUACUGCCCAGCUGCCAUACAUUACCUGGAGGGCAAAGGCCAAGCAAAGCCGGCACGAACCAUCGAUGUCGCUCUCACUGUGUGACAGCGAGGCGUCAACUGACCCAUGUAAAUGUCACCAAAAUGACUGUUCACAUUCGGCCGUUGACGCUGACGGGUCGACGGGAGAAUGCCAGCAGACGCAGUGUGUGUCUGACGCCUACUUGGAUGUCUUCAUCAAAGACAUCACCACUGUCUAUAACAUCUACAAGAUAGAGUUGAAACUGAAGGAGAUGCUACCAAAAUUCCCAACACAUCUUAAACGUUUAUUUCUCCUGUUUGAGUUAAUUGAGUAGCUGAGAGAAUGCAGGGGACAGCUAUUAUGUGUGUGUGUGUGUGUAUAUAUGUAUGUGAAUGUGUGUGUGUAAGUGUGCCUGUAUAAAUAUGUAUAUAUACUUAUAAAUAAAUGUAUAUACAAACAUGUAUGUAUGUAUGUAUGUAUGUAUAUAUAUAUAUAUAUUGCACACACACAUACAAGACAAAAAACUUUUUAUGUCUCUUAAGGAACUUUACUUCAUGUUGCUCCAGUACAUUCAGCCAGCAAGAAUUACUUGUGCGGUUGGCACCAAGUUACUGCUACUGCCCCAAAUUCUUCAGAUGUGAAGAGGGCUAUGUCCCGCAGUGGACUGCAAUAUCCUUUCUAGAUAUUCCAAGAUUGCAUGUCAGAGAGUAGAAGGCAUUUUAAGAUAUAUAUAUAUAUACAUACACAUUCACUCAUGUUUAUAUAUGUGUGUGUGUAUGUGCAUGCACACGUGUGUGUAUGUGUGUGUGUGUGUGUAUGUAUAUAUAUAUAUAUAUAUAUAUGUACACUGGUGUUUCAUGAUGGAAUUUAGUUGCUGUUUUUUAUUUUUCAUUGUUUUACUUUCUGGUAUUGAAAAAAUGAGCACACAUACACACUCACACAUUACUUAGCGAAAUAUAAUUUGUUAGAGAGUGUGUGAAUGGAAAACAUCAUCAUCAUCAUCAUCAUUAUCCCCACAACCGUUAUCAUCAUCAUCAUCAUCAUCAUCAUCAUCAUCAUCAUCCUCAUCCUCAUCAUGAUGCUAUUAUCAACAAUUUUUUUUUUUUACCUUUGUUACUUUUGAUACCUUUUUUCUCAAUUUUUCUGGUUAAUUAAUUGACCUCCCCCCCCCUUCAACAGCAUCAUCACUAUCAUUAUCAUCACAAUCAUAAGUUGUACUGUUGAGGCAAUUGGUGGAAGAUGUGGUUUGUGGCCUUCCAGUAUAAAAGGAAUCUAAUAUUGAUUAUGAAAUUGUGUUUCAGCAUUCAGUCAAAGUAAUUGUUUAGCCCUAGGUCAAACUCGUUUGAGCAGACCUUUGAUAAAAGACAGUCCAGUUCUAACCAUUUCUUUUUUAUCUUUAAGUAGUAUGUCCAAAGUGAUAUUAUCUAAGUAGGGGUGAUUUGGCUGUUAUUUCUAGCAGAUCGAGUGGCCACCUACAGGACCUCUUGUUGGUUUUUAGUUAACUGUUUCUUUCUGCUUGUGUUGCUAACAUUUUUUCAUAGGAGAGGAGAUGCUUGAACACCACAACUUCUCAUAUCCUCCUUAGUACUCACCUGGUCGGUCCAAGAAAUACAAACCCAAUAUUUUAGUUGUGAAGUUUGUCAUCGUCAUCAAUUCUUCUGUACUGAUCUAGGUUUGACAAAACUUCACGGAAUGUUGUCGUCUAACUUGCAGUGGGAACCUUUAUGUGGUUGAUCAAUGCUGGAAAUAGUAACCAAAUCUCUCUUAAACCACACCCUAUUAUCCUAGGAAAGGACACAUUGAAUAAGUGUGGUCUUCACUUCCUUGCACAUAGGAAACUAACAAGAGGGUCAUGGUUGGAAUGCACAUGAUCAUAGGUCUGCUGAUCUAGGCUGACUUUGAAUUGAAGUUGUGGCUGGAUGCCCUUCUCAUCACCAACAAUUAUGCAGCAUAGGCUAGAUGUGUAUUUCAGUGUGCUUCUGCCAUUGAAGAGGGUGUCUGCAGUAGGACGGACAUGUUGCUGUUAUUACAGCUUGCUCUGUCUGCAUAUUCUCUGUUUCUUCUUGAGCAUGUUACUUUAGUACGUAUGUGACCUAAGGUUUAGGUGACCAGCUAGUCAUAAGGUUUUAGGAUUGAUUCCUGGUCUAGUAAGGUGCAUUGUGUCUUUGAAAAAAAGUACUUCGUUAAUCCAGUCCAUUCAACUGGCAAGAAUUACUUGGGCAUUUAACAUCAAGUUUCUGAUACAGCCAAAAAUCUUCAGAUGUGAAGAGGGCUGUGUCCAGCAGUGGACUGCAAUAUCCUUUCUUUAAUCCUUUUUUUAAAAAAAAAACAAAAAAACAAAACAAUAAACGAGGAAACAUCUUUGUGCUCAUUUGUACAACCUGCCAGAAAUAGCUGCUAAAUCUCCCUCAAACCUCAAAGAGGAUAAUAAGAUUGCUGGAAUGCCUUUCAUCACAGGUCUACUGGAACAGAGCUGACCUUGGACUAAACAACAAAACCAGUUUUAUGAUUGUCGUAUUCCUGUUAGAACCAUGGUUUUUAUGAGAUUUCCCUAAAAGUGUUCUCUCUCUCCUUAAGCUUCCAUGUUGAUUUAUAUUCCAAUUAUCAGCUUCAUAAGGACAAAGAUAUUUUAGUAAAUUCUAGUAAAUUUUUUCAAAAUUAAUUGCAACAAUGAGGUUGUAUUUUAAUAGAAAUAUGGUAACAAAAUGGUGAAGCACUUUCACACAUUUCUCUCUCUGUCUCUCUCUCUCUCUCUUCCUCUCUCUCUCUCUCUUCCUCUCUCUCUCUCUCUUCCUCUCUCUCU